AGGACUUAAACUUCAAUUUCUCUCACCAUUUGAUGGUGUCGCAUCCAGACCGCAUGACAAGUAAAUAUUUAUGGUGGCUGUAGAAGGUUGUUGACUCAAGUGUUGUGUCUGCUCAUGGUUCUGACUUACACCUACACAGAUAUGUUAAAUAUUUGCACAUGGUUGGUAUUAAUGCAAUGGGUCAAUGUUUUGCAAAUGACUGUGUGCAUGUAUCAUCGAUAUCAUUGCAUCUGCUUGCACAAAUGUAAAAGUAAUUAAAUUCAGAUUAAUGUUUUGAAUGUUUAAGAUUUAAUAGAUUAAGACAUUACAUUUUGAAAUAAUAUUACAGAUUAAUAUUAUUUCUUUGGAGGAUUGGUUAAAAUAUUGUCAAAGUGUGGUUUUGCAGCACACUUUAUCUGUCUGCAUGCCAUGUUCUUGCAACUUUGAUCAUGUACUUCAAUGACAUAGAAAUGAAGCAUAGAAAAUAAAGUACAAAGCCCUUAAAAUAAAAGCCUUACAAAAAGUCUUACAAGCCAUUACAACACCUCCAAGCCAAUUAUUUCAGCGUAAUGUGCAUACUUGUCACAAACCGCAACACCUUUAAUUGACAUAAGAAGACUAUUAAAAAGCUUAUAGCAUGGGGUUUACAAAGAUCCAAAGGAAAUAUUCAUUUUUGACAAAGAAGGAUAGCAUUUAUUGAAAAUGUUAAAAGUUAAGUUGUUUACUUGUACUCGCUUGGCAUUUGACACUUUCAACACUGGGAACACUGGGUCUAAACUGUUAUACAGUUGUGUUCAAAUGUUUUAAACCCUAAUUGUUGUAUAGUAUUUUAGCAACUCUAAGAUGUAUUUAUAUGUAUCACAUUCAAAAUGAUAUCAAAUUAGGAUUUAAAUGUAAAUAGGGCUGUCCUAAAUGGUAGUUUUUCUUCCGAGUAAUUAGGUUAACACUAGAGGCUUGCGAAAUUUCCGAUUCUUAGAUUAUUCGCGAUUCGGCCGUGAAAGAUUCGAGAACAAUUCACAAACAUCAAAAUUCCCAUUAUUGAAUUAUACCAGGUAAAGCAGAACUAAAACAGAGUCAGCGCGGUCUUCGGGACACAAUGAGGAACGGACCGAGAAUAAAUAUUAGGUACAACUCAUGCCGCUAGAUAAAAAAAACAAUAAUACCUGACUGCUGCCGACAGCUGCUUCAAACAACACCCAGUUGCUAGUUGCUACAAACAUAAGGACACAUACGGCUAUAAUAGAUAUCACAUACAGUGGGGCAAAUAAGUAUUUAGUCAACCACUAAUUGUGCAAGUUCUCCCACUUGAAAAUAUUAGAGAGACCUGUAAUUUUCAACAUGGGUAAACCUAAACCAUGAGAGACAGAAUGUGAAAAAAAACCCCGAGAAAAUCACAUAUUUUGAUUUUUAAAGAAUUUAUUUGCAAAACAAUGCAAAAUGGAAAAUAAGUAUUUGGUCAAUACCAAAAGUUCAUCUCAAUACUUUAUUAUGUACCCUUUGUUGGCAGUAACGGAGACCAAACGUUUUCUGUAACUCUUCACAAGCUUUUCACACGCUGUUGCUGGUAUUUUGGCCUAUUCCUCCAUGUAGAUCUCCUCUAGAGCAGUGAUGUUUUGGGGCUGUCGUUGGGCAAUGCGGACUUUCAACUCCCUCCACAGAUUUUCUAUAGGGUUGAGACCUGGAGACUGGCUAGGCCACUCCAGGACCUUGAAAUGCUUCUUACGAAGCCACUCCUUUGUUGCCCUGGCUGUGUGUUUUGGGAUCAUUGUCAUGCCAGCCACAUCUCAUCUUCAAUGCCCUUGCUGAUGGAAGGAGAUUUUCACUCUGUCAGGAAUGAGCGGGCAGGCAGGUGAAAGCAAUGGGCAAUCACAGGGACAAGUCACACUAGGAGAAAACAAACACAAAACCUAACAGUACCCGCCCCCCAAGGGACGGAUCCCAGACGUCCUCAAGGAAAAAAAAAAAAAUCCCAAACACGGUGGGCAGAAGGUUGCCCGGAGGAGGGAGCAACAUCAGCCCGUCGGGGCUAGUCAGGCGAGCGUCCAGGACGCCAGAAGUGGGCCGACCGCAAGAGCCGAUCGGGAGGGCGUCCAGGGCGCCAGACGUAGGGCGCACGCACGGGUCGAUCAGGCGGGCGUUUUGGGCGCCAGAUGUGGGGCGCCCACACAGGUCAAUGGGGCGGACUUCCAGGACGAGGGUAACUGGCUGCAUCAUUUAUGCCACCCAGCCAUGGCAGAAAACAAGCAGCAGCAGGAACGGCAAAGACAUCGUGCGGCGGGUCAGGCUCGGAGUCGUCGUCGUCGGUCGGACCAGGCACGGAGUCGUCGGUCGGACCAGGAACGGAGUUGUCGGUCGGACCAGGAACGAAGUCGUCGGUCGGACCAGGAACGGAGUCGUCGGUCGGACCAGGAACGGAGUCGUCGUCGUCGUCUGCUGGCGGAACAGCGUCGGAGUCGUCGUCGUCUGCUGGCGGAGCAGCGUCGGAGUCGUCGUCGUCUGCUGGUGGAACAGCGUCGGAGUCGUCGUCGUCUGUUGGCGUGACAGCAGCGGAGCCGUCGUCUGCUGGCGUGACAGCAGCGGAGCCGUCGUCUGCUGGCGUGACAGCAGCGGAGCCGUCGUCUGCUGGCGUGACAGCAGCGGAGCCGUCGUCUGCUGGCGUGACAGCAGCGGAGCCGUUGUCUGCUGGCGUGACAGCAGCGGAGUCGCAGGAGUCUGCUGGCGUGACAGUAGCGGGGUCGCAGGAGUCUGCUGGCGGGACAGCAGCGUGGUCGCAGGAGUAAACAGGAGCAGUCGGCGCGGGCACUUGACUGCGAGGAGUCAGCACGGGCACUUGACCACGGGUAACCGGCGCGGGCACUUGACUGCGGGGAGCCGGCGCGGUCACUUGACUGCGGGGAGCCGGCGCGGGAACUUGACUGCGUGGAGCCGGCGCGGGAACUUGACUGCGUGGAGCCGGCGCAGGAACUUGACUGCGGGGAGCCGGCGCGGGCAGCGGACUGCGGGGAGCCGGCGCGGGUCCACGCUGUCGGCGUGGACGAGCACGCCGAGGCUUCCGGACGAUGUUCUGUGGCAGACUGGGUGGCACAUUACGUGGUGAAAUCGAAGGAGGGUAGUUGGAACUACGGCCCUUACCUGGGCGCCCCCGCCGGCCACCACGCGGAGGUCAGUGUAGAUGGCCAAACGGGAACCCAGGUAAGGGUCCAGGGAAAAAGGCUGGAAAGGGGGCGUGGAAUGACCGAGGCGUGACAAAAACUGAGAGGGUGAAGAAUAGGGCAUGGAAUCAAAACCUGGGUCGGAGUCAGUGUCAGAAAGGAAAUCAUAUAAAUCGUGAUCUUCAAAAUCAGAAAAAUCUGAAUCUAAAAAAACGUGGCGAGGCAGAAUAUAAUCGGGGAACAGGCGGAUGGUCGUCGGCGUGUACGCCGGUGCUGGAUUUUUCCCGCUGGGUCCACUAGUGGUUAUGUCAUUCUUUCAGGAAUGAGCGGGCAGGCAGGUGGUGUGGACCCAAAUGCAGGGAAACAAAAAAAGGCAGCAAGGCAGGGAACUCAAAAAACGUUUUAAUUAUAACUAACCAAAGGCACAAAGUACAAACAAAAGGACUGGGGAUCAAAAAGGCAAGGUUCAAACAAAACUUACUUUACCGGAGGGACUAAUACACGAGGGCUUGGACAGGACUUCAACUUUGACACAGACACUGACAUUGACGCAACAAGGAGUGACAAGAAACUGGGUCAUUAUAUACACACACGCAGACAAGGGGUAACGAGACGAGGAACAGCUGGGUAACACAGGUGGAUGCAGAUUGCAGGAUACACUGGGAGAACACACACAGGUGAAAGCAAUGGGCAAUCACAGGGACAAGUCACACUAGGAGAAAACAAACACAAAACCUAACACACUCAAAAUAUCUCGAUACAUGGCCCCAUUCAUUCUUUCCUUUACACAGAUCAGUCAUCCUGGUCCCUUUGCAGAAAAACAGCCCCAAAGCAUGAGGUUUCCACCCCCAUGCUUCACAGUGGGUAUGGUGUUCUUCGGAUGCAAUUCAGUAUUCUUUACAGUAUUCAUCUGACCAUAACACAUUCUCCCAGUCCUCUUCUGGAUCAUCUAAAUGCUCUCUAGCGAACCGCAAACGGGCCUGGAUGUGUACUUUCUUCAGCCGGGGGACAUUUCUGGCAGUGCAGGAUUUGAGUCCCUGGCGGCGCACUGUGUUACUGAUAGUAGCCGUUGUUACUGUGGUCCCAGCUCUCUGUAGGUCAUUCACUAGGUCCCCCCGUGUGGUUCUGGUUUUUUGCUCACCGUUCUGUUAUCAUUUUGACGCCACAGGGUGAGAUCUUGCAUGGAGCCCCAGAUGGAGAGAGAUUAUCAUUGGUGUUGUAUGUCGUCCAUUUUCUAAUAAUUGCUCCUACAGUUGAUUUCUUUACACCAAGCGUUUUACCUAUUGCAGAUUCAGUCAUCCCAGUCUGGUGCAGGUCUACAAUUUUGUCUCUGGUGUCCUUCGACAGCUCUUUGGUCUUGGCCAUAGUGGAGUUUGGAGUGUGACUGAUUGAGUUGUGGACAGGUGUCUUUUAUACCGAUAAUGAGUUAAAACAGGUGCCAUUAAUACAGGUAACGAGUGGAGCAUCGUUAGACCUCGUUAGAAGUUAGACCUCUUUGACAGCCAGCAAUCUUGCUUGUUUGCAGGUGACCAAAUACUUAUUUUCCACUCUAAUUUGGAAAUAAAUUCUUUAAAAAUCAGACUGUGAUUUUCUGUGACUAAAUAUUUGACAGACGACGCCGGUGUUAAAACGAAUAAAGAGAACUAGAUGCGAAAUGACAGAUUUGCCGUCUAGUAGUUGCCACGUUGUAAACAGCCGCCAUCUUAAAGCAGGAGACUUCUCUAGAAGGCUCUGUUGUAGCAAACCUAAAUAACGUUUUAUCUAAAAUACUCCUAAUUCGGGAAAAUCUUGACUUGAAUCUAUCUUCAAAUGAAGAAACAGUUUUAAAACUUUGACAUGUUGAAAGUAGACAAAUGGGAAAUUAUGGAAUAACGAUAGCAAAUUUAACAACUUUAACAGGUGAUUCACAUCAAUAAAUUAAUUGAAUGUAAUUUAAAGCUACUGAUACAGAAUGGGGACUUGAGUAUUUUAUUCAUUGUUUUUAACUGUUAACCUGAUAAUGAAAUAUUAGUUUGGUUUAGCCUGAGAGGAUUUUUGGACAAUUUUGGAACUAAUUUACAACACAUUAACAGCACGGGGGUGGGUGUGUGUGUUAGGGGGGUUAAAUCAAUAAUCGAUUUAUGAUCGAAUCGGAGCCUCUGAAUCGUAUUCGAAUCAUUAGGUGCCCAAAGAUUCCCACCUCUAGUUAACUCUUUGUUUUUCUUCUGUUUGACAAAACCUGAUUUAGCUUUGCUGGUUAACUUCUGAAAGCAGCCUAGAGUGAUCCAAAUAUGAUCUUUUGCCCUUAACUGAAUCGGAUUCUUUCAUGAUGGUCUGAACGGGUCAAGUCACAUGAAACCUGAUCUGCCCCCCAUAAUUCUAUCGUGUCUCAACUUCCAAAAAGGCUUACGUUUUCAUCCAGCUGCCUUAUUUACAGUAUAAUAGGUAGAUAGCCCAUUGUUUUGGGUUUGUUUCUGUUGCAUGUUUAAUAGAGUGUAGAAGGAAUGAAAUGAAAUCACUUCAUAUGUCAAUUUCUAUCUGUCCCCAUUCCAUUGUGUGUUUGUUCC